AUGCCUCCCGGGUCGCAAAAAGGCACCGGCAAGAAGGGCGCUGGCGCAAUGCGCCAGAGGAGUCGGAAUACGACGCCAAGCUCGAUGCCCGUGACCGCCACACUCCCGCCCAUCGACGCUGUAGACGCCGAAUAUCUCGAGUUACGAGUCGAGCACUUUCGUGCUUUAACUAAUGACGAUGUGGUUGACCAAGGCGCCGCCAACGCCAUGAUGCCGGAUACCAAGAGUCUGGAUGGCAUGGUAGCCCGUCUCCAACGGUUACAAAAUACUAUUGAUUUGCGGAGCAAUUUCUACGACAAAGGAAUGCGCAUAUUGGCCAUGGCGCGGAAGAACCGUGUGGAUGAGGAAGAAGAACGCACGAGGACGGACGAGGAUGAGCGCGAAAAGAAAAACAGAAAGAAGCGCAAGGCGGCGGAUUCUUUGGCGCCUCAAGAUACGAAGCCCGAACGAUCUUCCCCACUGCGCGAAUCAACAAAGGCGAAGAAGCACCAUCGCGAAGAGUCGGUCAGUUCUUCACUCUCAACAGCUGCGCAAGCAUCCCCAACAGCCAUGGAGGUCGAUGAAAAAGCAAAGGCCGACGAGAACGAGGAGGAGUCGAGCUCCGAUGACGAAUCGCGACCACCACGACCUAUGCUUCCCCAAAGCAAUACUUUUGGCGACGAUCCUUCGACCUUCCCCGACCCCACAGUGUACGAGAUUCGCGAUGUUGUCCCGGGCAUGUCGGAGGACGAAAUAAAGGAGAUUUACUCGGUUGUUAAAUACCCUAAGAGCGAUUUAGCAAACCUGAUUGCUGGCGACCCUCCCGAUAAAGAUUUCAGUAACGCCAAACCCGCGAAUCAAAUCAGUUUUAGUACUUUCUCUUCUUACGUCGAGCCGUAUUUCCGCGCCUUUUCCGAGGAAGACCUAGCAUUCCUAAGAGAACGAGGCGAUCGUGUCACGCCUUUCACAAUGCCGAAGAGGGGGAAGAAGCACUACACGGAAAUUUGGGCGGAAGAAGACGGUGCGAUGGCUAUCGACUCUCACUCCACUAGAGACAGGCUGCCUCCAAACCAGCCGCGUGGCUCCAUAGAGAUCAUGGGUGAUGAUGUCGGCGAAACCGAUAAGCUGUCAGUCGGCCCACUCCUUAGCCGCCUACUACAGGCUAUGCGACCAGAAGCGAGAGCGCCGCCAAGCGAGGAUCGAUCGAAUGGUGUCAAUGGCGACGCUGUAAUGAGCCUAGAUAUGAACGGAGACACGGGUGAGAGCGGCGCAGCUGGCGACGACAAAGCAAGUUCCCUUGCGCCUGCAACCUCGAUGCCCGAGUCAUCGACGGAGGCAUGGAAGAAGGCUUCGCAUCCCAAGCUCGAAUACGGCCAGGUCGACGAGCGUCUCAAGCAAGAACUCCGCCAUAUCGGCUUCCUCGCACCUGACGGUAACUUCGAGGCCGAGUACGACGGGCACUUCGACGACGAAGUCUCCGCCCGCUUACGGUUGUUGCAGGAGCGCUUGCGCGAGCAGAUGCUCAUCAACGGGGCGCGCAAAGCUCGCCUGACGGAGCUUGUCAAGGAACGCAUGGCCCACCAGGAAUAUCAGACUAUCCUGGAAGAUCUGGACCUGCAGGUGCAAAGCGCUUACCUGAAGCGCACACGUACGAUGGGCAAGAGCAAGAAAAACAAGCGGCCCGGCGGUGCUGGCGGCGGCAGUCACCUCGUUGGUGCGGCGGGCACGGCGCGGCCUGGUAUCGGCGAUCUUACGCGGACGCUUAUGGAGCGCCGGCGUCGGUGGAUCGAUACUAUUGGUUCCGUCUUCGACGACGAGAAUCUCGGGAAAGUGCCUCGCAACACGGAGCCCGGCAGCUCCAUAUUUCAGCCGCCGGAGAUGGCGGGGCUUAUUAAGAAGGAGAAGGAGCAGUGGGAUGAGGAGGUAGAUGAUGAAGAAUGA